CUUUUUGAACCAGCACUUGUUUGGGGCGACUGAAAAAUACGGAAGAAAUUGUGGAUUUUGCGCGAAACCAGAGUGCCUCAGAAGUAGUGAGUAAUACUGAAAUUGUAAUAGAGAGUAGCUAAACACGAUUGUGUUGGAGAAUUUCGGAAUAAUUUUGGAGUUUCUGUGAAAAUUGCGAGCGUUUCAGCGAUGGAUGCACGCGACAAAGAGAACAUUCUGGAGAAUCCCACUCCCAGACGCAUGACCAGACUUACCAAGUCGCUCAUGAAUAGAGAUUUGCCGGACAAUGUGACCAUGAGGACGGGCAAAGCUGGUGACAUAGCGAAGCCGGCAGAGACACCGCGAAAGACACCGGCAAAGACCCCGAAGAAGACUCCCAAGAAGAGUGCUGUGAAGGAAACACCUAAGAAGUCUCCGAAGAAGACACCCAAGAAGAGUGCAAAGAAAGACACACCCAAGAAAGCCCUUAAAGACGGCACUCCCAAGAAGACUCCAGAGAAAUCCGGCGAAGAAGUGAAAUCUAUUUCCAAAUCCACAUCAAAGAAGACUCGAUCGACGAAGAAGGAUGAGAUUCAGACUUCAGGUGGAUCUUUGAGGAUCACUCGCUCGCGCUCGAUUCAUGAGCAGUUGACAGAAGAUGAAAAUUCGUCAUCUUGCAAGAAUCUCUUCCCGGAAGAUGCAACAAAGGCAGAGAUAAAUGUUCCGGAGGCCAAAUUGGAAGCAGAAGAUGAAGUUGCGAAGGAAAUUCAUCAGGAGAAUGAUGAGAGUGCUGCAGUUGAUGUGACAGUGACUGUGUUGAAGGAGCAAGAAGAGAUCAAGGCGCCGGAGAAGUUGGUUGAGCUUCCGGAAAAUUGUGAGGAGCUCGAGUUGAAGUCUAUUCCCUUGGAAGUUUUGGCGGAAGAGCUGGAGAAUGAAGAGAAGUUGGCUGAUGAGUCGUGCGUGAUUAUUGAUGAUACUUCCUCGAUGGAGGGAAAGGAUAUCAUGAAGACGAUGGAGAAUAAGAGUAUUAUUGUCAUUCCUGACACUCCCAUGCUGACUGAAGAUAACACAGAUCGCCCAUUGAAUGAGACAUUUUCCGCUGAUGAAGAGGAAGUGCCGAUAAAGACGCCCCUGAAGAAGACUCCAAAGAGACUGAAUAUCGCGAGUACUUCUCAGAAGAUGGUCAACUUUGCUCCUGCCAUUGCUUCGAGUGCUCUGAAGAGUUCAAUCCUGCUGGACAAUAAGAUUAUGUCGCCACUGAAGUCAAUUCGCAAGCGUUCCUUUUCCACCACCGACGUGGAGAGCAGGAAGAUGAAUCACGUGACUUUCCACAGUCCUGCGAACAUGGAGAUCACGGUGGAUGAAAUUGAUGACGGAAUGCGUCCGCACAUUGAGGAGAUCAGGCUGGAGAGGGAGGCGCACAAGGCGCGAGACAAGAAAUUGGCCAAGAGAGUUAAGCGUUCAAUGUCAAAUACCGAAACGGAAUCCGGCAGGAAGCGAGCUUUGCAGUUGUCCGUGCGCAAGACGCCAAUGAAGGCGAGUGGGCAGUCAUCGCUGAUCCUGGGGAAGAUGCCCAAUUUCGGGGCGAUUCAUGCGGCAUCAUUCAGUAACAUGGAGAACUUGGAUGACUACACAAAGAGGAAGCUGGAGAGGGCGAAGAAUUUGCUGGGUAGCAAUGGGAAGCCACUUUACACGUCCACGGUGAAGAAGAACACCAGUGUGGAGAUGCAGGAAGCUAAGAAGGAGGACAAGAAGGAAGACAAUCAAAGCAAGAAUGCAGAGCCGAUUGCUGCUCCAGGGGCGGCGAAGAAGGUGGCGAAAAUUGUGCCCUUGCAGGAGGGUGGGAGCAAAGCGGCACACGUGGGAACUUCGCGACCCCUGAAGACGGUGGAGGAGCGUCAGCAGAAAUGGCGUUCAAUGCACAAGUCCGGGCGCCAUGACAACCAGGGUGAGAAGAAGAGCGCAAUCCUGAAGGGGGUGCGCAGCAACCGACGCUUUGAUCUGCUGAUGAAGUUCAGGGAGUCGCAGAAUUGACGCGGUCGCGGAGUCUAUAUAUGUACAACAGAAUUAUGGGUAUGAUUUGGACUCCUCCGCUCUCUUGGAUGGGUUGGAUUUUUUCCCAUGCAUGCACACGCGCGCGCGUGUGUGUGUGUGUGAUUUUUUGUUCAAUGGAAAACAUUUUUUUCUCCUAUUCUCUCACACCUUCGCGCCCCGUAUGAAGUGCAAUUGUUGCAUUGAGAAGUGUGAGACAA